GUCCGGGUAGCUAGUCGGAACCUGUAUUCAGUGUACUAGGUUUCCGGGUAGAGCCGCUGUACAAAUUGAACUGGCUUGAAAACAGCCAGCGUGUAAAAUUGCUGAUUUUAACGACUCAGAGUGAAUAUAAACGAUAAUUAAAGUAUUUUAAUGUUUUUUUUUUUAUAACCUAAGAAAUAUUUUUUUAAAAAUAAAAUCUACUAGUGAUAUGUUUCUAUAUUGCUAUUGGGGAAGCAUCUGAUUCGUGUGUACUCUCGGAUUGGGAUAAUUAAUCUGCAAUACCGUAUGUGUAGUUGUUCAAAGGUGAUCGCUAGGAAAAUAAAGAAACGCUGGCGAGCAACUAAGAUUUAUUAGAAAGAAAGAGAUAUACAUGAAAGUAAAGACCGGCUGGGAAAUGUUACACGUUUAUGGAUAACAGGGCUGAGAAAAAUACAAGCGGGACACAAAAAACAACUAACAGUAAAAUAAAAAAGGGAGCUAAUCCGAGCAAAGAGAAGAUGGACAGAGCAAUCGAAGGAACGGAAACGCGAUGAGCGUCUUCACAGGAUGUGUAGAGAAUACAGAAUAACAGUCGGGAUCUAGUGGCAUCAUUAUUAACCAGAUUUGAAAAGACACACUCCUCAAGGCAAUCACACAGCCUUGAAGAUGAUGCACUCGUCUAGAAGAAAACCUGUGCUUUAUUUCAAGGAGGAGAACCGGUCCCGUGUGUUUUUCGGCAUCCUGUCCAGAAAGUGCUCCAUCUUCAAGCUCUUCUGUGUCUGCGUGGUGAUCGGCUUUGCCUCUCUGCUGUGGCUCCAGCUCAGCUGCUCGGGCGAGGUGCCCAGGAGGGGUGUCGAGGACGGCACCCUGCCCCGUCAGCCCUGCCCUCCAGAGAGACAGGCCAGCGCAACAGACGACCCUUCCUGGGGUCCUCACAAACUGGCCCUUCUCAUCCCUUUCAGAGAGCGCUUUGAGGAGCUCAUGGUCUUUGUGCCCUACAUGCACUCCUUCUUAAACAAGCUGAAAGUACGACACAAGAUCUUUGUGAUCAACCAGGUAGAUCAUUACAGGUUCAAUCGAGCUUCCCUGAUAAACGCUGGAUUUCUGGAGAGUGGGAACGACACGGAUUACAUUGCCAUGCACGAUGUGGACUUGCUGCCACUCAAUGAGGAUCUGGACUAUGGGUUUCCAGAUCAGGGCCCGUUCCACAUCGCGUCCCCAGAGCUGCACCCCCUCUACCACUACAAGACAUACGUGGGGGGGAUUCUGCUCCUCACCAAGCAGCAUUACCAAAUGUGCAAUGGGAUGUCGAACCGCUUCUGGGGCUGGGGCAGAGAGGACGACGAGUUCUACAGAAGAUUAAAAGCAGCAGGGUUGCAGCUCUUCAGGCCUACAGGAAUAACGACCGGGUACAAGACAUUCAGACACCUACACGACCCGGCGUGGAGGAAGAGGGACCAGAAGAGAGUGGCCUCACAGAAACAGGAGCAGUUCAAAGUGGACAGAGAAGGGGGGCUGUCCAAGCUGCGAUACAGUGUGGACUCUAAAAGGGAGCUCACGAUCAGCGGGGCUCCAUGCACACUGAUCAAUAUCCUGCUGGACUGUGACCUCAACGAGACCCCGUGGUGCCUGCUGAGCUGAUCAGAGGUGCAGAGCUCAGGAGACCCUCCUAAUGCUGAGCACAUGAGGAAUCUCUUCUCUGUUAAUACAGGUCUGUGGAGAGUCGAUCCUGCUGGAGUAGGAAGCUGGAAUAUGUACAGCCUGCUGAGAGCUGUGCAGUAUCUGAACUGAUACAAUGAAUUUAUCCUCAUUUAUUAUUAUUAUUAUUAUUAUUAUUAUUAUUAUUAUUAUUAUUGAACCUGGCAGUGGACGCUGGGUUAUGAAAUACUGCAUCAUGAGCUUUUGACUUUGCCCUCAUGUUUUCCAAGGCAAUGCUCAAUGUGAACCUAUUUGUAUUUUAUUAGAUUUUAUUGGGAGAUCAAAUCUAGAUUAAGCAGCUGUUCUAGGGCAUGAUGGUCUGCUUUGGAUAUUUUGUUAGCGAGUGUCUCUUUGUUCACAGCAGCAGGGAAUGACUACUCUGAAAGCCAGUCUGCACUCUCACGAGUAAUUGGAUCUUCAAUUGACUUUUGUUAGGCUACAGACUGGUUGGAUGGUGUUCUGCCUGUAUUUGCACAAUAUUUAUGUAAAGCUAGACUGCAAAAACACGAAGGUGCAUAAACCAGUUUCUUAAAAGCUAUAGUUUUAUAUUAAAACCUACAUAUUCUGGACAAGACAUUGAACCUGCUGUUUUUUGGUAUGUGCCCCUCCUCUCUGAUGUCUUUAGUAGUGUGAGCUGGUGGUGGAAGAGAGGCAUCUGAAAUGUGAAGAUUUCUGUAGGUGACAUUAUGAAGAAAGUCCUGGUGUGUUAUCCAGCUCCUGAAUGCAUUUCUGAUGAGCGACCCACCAAAUUGUGCAAACCCUCAUGCACAGAAUCUUCUUCAUAGUGCUGCUGCAAACCCUCAUGCACAGAAUCUUCUUCAUAGUGCUGCUGCAAACCCUCCUGCACAGAAUCUUCUUCAUAGUGCUGCUGCAAACCCUCAUGCACAGAAUCUUCUUCAUAGUGCUGCUGCAAACCCUCAUGCACAGAAUCUUCAUAGUGCUGCUGCAAACCCUCAUGCACAGAAUCUUCUUCAUAGUGCUGCUGCAAACCCUCAUGCACAGAAUCUUCUUCAUAGUGCUGCUGCAAACCCUCAUGCACAGAAUCUUCUUCAUAGUGCUGCUGCAAACCCUCAUGCACAGAAUCUUCAUAGUGCUGCUGCAAACCCUCAUGCACAGAAUCUUCUUCAUAGUGCUGCUGCAAACCCUCAUGCACAGAAUCUUCUUCAUAGUGCUGCUGCAAACCCUCAUGCACAGAAACUUCUUCAUAGUGCUGCUGCAAACCCUCAUGCACAGAAUCUUCUUCAUAGUGCUGCUGCAAACCCUCAUGCACAGAAUCUUCAUAGUGCUGCUGCAAACCCUCAUGCACAGAAUCUUCUUCAUAGUGCUGCUGCAAACCCUCAUGCACAUAUGGAGCUUGUGAAACAUAUUCUUUUUUUAAGACAAUCGCUUAUAUUGAAUUAUGGUACCUGCGUGCAUAUAUAAACAUAUGUAGACUCCUCUCUUGUGCAAUAUAAAGUGAGUUAAAAUACUACCAUUGUAGAUCUGUAACAAGACUGCAGCAUUUCCCAUGAACCGUCCCAGAGCAUUAUUUUUUUUACCUGGAAAUUCAGUAUCGCGAGUUACAGGCUGGAAUAAACUCAAACUGGGAAGAAUCCAAAAAAAAAACGAAAUGUAAUGUGAACUGUGCUGGAACUCUACAAGCAGCCCCCUCUAGGAGACAUAGUGAGCAGAAGCUACAGCUCUGUGUCCUGUGGAUGCACUCAUUUUAAAAUGUUACCCUUCUGCGAAAUGGAGACGGUGUGGAUGGAAGUCUGCAGCACAGUGUUAAAGUCUGGUGUGCAAGCUUUUGUCCUGCAACAGCGACAGCAUUUGUGUGCAAGAUUUUCUAUGAGUCGAGUGCGUUUUAACUAGUAAAACAAUUUUGUUACUAAAGCACGAGUUGCUUAGGGAGUUUUUCAGCAGGGUCACUUUGCUGACAGAAACAGCUGACCUCUCCACAUAUCUGUAUGUAUUCUGGUGAGAGCUGGUAUGCUGUAUUCAGUGUUAUGACCGGUAGGGUACCUCUCAUGGGUCGUCUACCUCAAGACACAACAGGUGAUGAAAAAUCAUGACAGGAGAAAUCAGCAGGGAAAAACUAACACAACAACGAUACACAAGAUGUUCAAUUGUAACAGUGUGCUGGCAUGAGAGAAUGCUCAGACACUGUUUUAAUCCAAGGGUCUUUAUGUGAAAGUUUCUAAAGUCAUUUUUGUUGCUGUGUUGUUGUUGUUUUUGUGUAAUGGGCUUUGAUGAAACUAAGGGAAUUAUCUGAUUGCUCGUUUGCUGUCUUUGAGGGUAAAGCAGGUGAUCGCUGCAUUGUAUAUGUAAGGAAAUACUGUAGCAUGGAAUGCAAACGAAAAAACAGAAGCUUUGGAUUGUAUCCGUUUUAUUUUAAAGUGUGCCUUUUGGUUUUCAAGAAAGAACGGGGCUUGUUUUAAUAUUUAUAUUAUUAGAGUAUUAGAGAAACUCAGACAAGUGUUUCAACAGAGGAUGCAUUGGGGGAGACACUUUUACUGUUUAAAAGUGACACUGAUUUAUACAUUGUGCAGAAUGAAAAUGAAUAGUUGUGUCCUCAUGUAAGAGGAUGUGUGAUGCCUGGUCUUCCAUAACUGUUUCAAUGGCUUGUGAAGCCAUGCAGAUGGUCUUUAUUGAAAUCAGGCUCCUUUUAAUAAGAAAUACUGCAUAUUAAUAAACAUGAGGAAUCCUGGAUUGUUAGUCGUUCAGGUCACAAGAUGAUAACAUGCUGGAGGUGGAGAAAUGUAUUUAUUUACAUUAUCAGAAUAAAACAAAUACAAAGUUCAUGUCGGUGUCUAUAAUUGUAGUAUUCUUCUUUUUUCUCAUCAUUGUCAACAUUUAUUUAAAUAUUUGUAUGUGAACUUAAAAAAAAAAAAAAACGAGAACUCAGUACCAUGGAAGUGCAGCAGAGGGCACGCUUGUGCAAGUGUUUUUAGACUAGAGUCCAGAAAUCUGCUGUGCAUGUUUAUACAGGUCACGGGCAUUUGUAUCAGUACUGACUGUGUACUGUACAGCCUUUUCAACCGUGAGUGUCCCGCUGCGCGUUAGCAGUAGCCAGCUCGAUAUAAAGGAACAUGUGCUGACCUGUUUGUAUUGUGUUUCGAUUAGUAAAAAGGGGCCUUUGUUCGCUUUGAUGAAUUUGACUUUCUGUGAUAAAUAAAGACCUAUUACUAACAAACGAA